AUGGAAAAUGGUCAUUUGCCCACUUCCCUGAGGGAGGUAGAGUCGCUCAUUACUCAACUGUAUAGUCCUGGUGCCCCGGAAAGGGUAGCCAAUAUCCAGGAGACCUUACAAAGACUCCAACGCUCUCCAGAGGGCUGGCAGCUGGCAACGAGUCUCCUCGGUCACGGGGACGAACAAGUGAGAUUCUUCGCAGCUUUGACUUUCACUGUCAAACUCAACACCGAUGCGAAAUCACUCAGUGACGAGGACGCCCAGGCGCUCCUGCAAACUCUCAUUGGCUGGCUGAUACGUUGCUUGAACGGGUCUGAGAGUGCCCUUGUUGUCAGGAAGUUAUGCUCUACACUAGUAGCAUACUUCCUUCAGUUUUCUUCGUCAUGGGAACGCUGUAUAAAGCAUUUGAUGCUUUGCUUAUGUUCCAACGAAGCUCUUCCAUAUGCGGCCCUGGAGAGUUCUCAGGAAACAGUGGCGGCUAUGGUUGACAAUGUCUCCAAUUCCAAAACCGGCAGUCCUGUCCCGAAGCCUGUAGCUCUUUUCUGGUUCGCUGCAACGCUUGUUGAAGAAGUUGGGAAGACAGAUUCCAAUUCUAUGAAGCAGCAUAAAUUCCACCUCAGUGUGGUACCCAAUGUUGAUGACAUUGUCCCCUUGAUAUCAAAGUACAUUACUGACGGUUCCGCGGACAUGAAAAUUCGACAGGAAGCUAUGAGAUGUUUUCAGUCUUGGGUUUCUUAUUCCCAUCGCGCUUUUGUCGACGCUGGCAUCAUGCUUGAUCCCUUACAAUCUCUCACACAGCCUUCUAUUAUGUGCCUCGGACAAGAUGACCUUUACGAAAUUACGAUUGAACUGCUCUCUGAUGUCCUCACGAACUACUCAAAGUUCCUCCGCAAGGAGGACUUCACGAUCCUACAAUCCCUAUUCAACAGUCAAUGGGCCCAAGAGCGAUAUGAACGACUGGUCAAAGGUGACUUUGAUUUCGAUUCGCUUCAAUUUGGCAUGUUUAUGAUUGCAUUUGGUGAUGCAACAGUUCAAGAUCUUGCUCGGAAUUGUGCUACUGAUCCCCAAUCACAUCAAUACUUAUCUGCUCUUUGUGACCUGCUUGGCGCAGAAGGCUAUGCCGUCUCCGAGGACAAAAUCUAUGUUCCUGCUCUGGAGUUCUGGAACACAUUCGUCGAGACGAUGGUGGACGAUGUGUAUAGCUGCUCAGAAGGAGAGGAGAAGCCUUCAUGGUUUCUGGCAGCUCAAGAACAUGUCAAAAAGGUCAUUGAAAGAUGCUGGAUCAAAAGUCAAUUUCCUCCAGCAGAGGAGUACAACUCCUGGGACUCUGUGGACCGGACAGGAUUCAAAGACGCUCGCAGAGACUUCUCCGACCUAUUGCAGCAAUUCUACCUCACCACUGGCAUUCCUCUGCUUCAAUUUUUUAUAGACCUACUGCAAAAUUCAACUGUCACUAGAAACUGGGCGGAAUCAGAGGCAUCAAUGUACUGCCUGAUGUGGUUCGCUGACUGUGUCUAUGAUACACCACAGCGUGAUGACUAUCUAGAUAAGCUGUUCACACCUUCCCUUCUCACAUUAAUUGGAGAUUCAGAGCAGCAAGUCCCGACCAGGGCCAUGAAAAGUUUUCUAGAUCUGGUCAUCGCAUAUCCCGAUUACUUCAAGCACCAUCCUACCAAUCUACCAGCAGUCCUAAAUAUCGUCUUUUCAGCAACUAGUUCAACUGCAUUGGCGAAGACGGCAUCAAGGUCAAUCAUGAAGCUUUGUUCAGAUUGCCGGACUAUACUUAUACCCGAGCUUGGUGCGUUCCUACAGCAUUAUGGGAACAUUGCGUCGAACUAUUCGCUAGACGGAACAGUCAAAGAGGCAGUAAUGGAGGGAAUUGCUUCUAUCAUCCAGGGCCUCGAUAGCGAGGAGGCUAAGCUUGCACCACUUGAGCAAUUACUUGACUACGUGCAGUCCGACGUCGAGAAGUGUCUACAGAUUGCCAAUGGAAGCAACGGCGGUGAACUUACAGCUCUGGAUCUUGGCAUCAUAGCACUGAAGUGUCUUGCAGGAAUGUCCAAGGGCAUACAGGCUCCAGAGGACAAGCCCGUUGAUCUAGAAAAGAUAGCCGAACCCGCAUCGCCGUUCUGGAUAACUGGCAAAGGCAGUCACGUCCAGCACAGAAUAUACCUGAUGAUGCACAGCAUAUUCGAUGUACUAGGAAACCAAGGUGAUAUCGUAGAAGAGCUAUGUUUGAUCUUACGACAUGGUUUCAGAGAGGAAGAGCCAGGACCUUUUGUGCUGCCUUCCAGAAUGGCAGCUCAGUUCCUGAUGAAGGCGAAUUCGCAAACACCACGAUUAGGACGCUUAAUCAACACUGCGGCUUUCCUAAUCACAACUCAGAAGUUGUCUCCUGACAUUCAGGAGAUCUUAGAAACUAUGCUAAAUUGGGUAUCACAGAUACUUCAGAACCUUGGAGAACCUGGCAAUGAUCCAGAGAUCGCACAAGCCAGUAUAGAAUUCCUCCAGCGGCUUCUAUCCAAGUUCUCAGGGGUUCUACUCGACCACCAACCUCCAUCUUCUCUAGAAUUCAUGUUCAUGUUCGCCCUGAAAGCCCUCGCAGGCACGGAGCCACUUCCAAAAGCAUCCUCAGCCGAUUUCUGGGCAACAUUCAUCGCCCUCCCAACACAACCUUCACCCCUCCAACCCUCAAUCGAAAACGCCGUCUCACAUCUCGGCCCCCUCCUUGCCCAAGCCCUCAUCUACAACAUCGGCGGCCACGCAGCACGCAGCGAGCUAGAGAAACUUUCUGAUCCAAUCAAGAAGCUUGUUGUACGACAGGUGCAUGCGAAGGCUUGGUUCGAAGCUGCCUUGUUUGAUGCGAAUUUUCCGAGCGAGAAGGUUACGGCCAAGGAUAAGAAUAUGUUUUUGGCGAAGAUUGUGAAUCUCCGUGGUGCAAAGGGAACGAAUCAAGUUGUCCGUGAUUUCUGGCUUCUAUGCAGAGGAUCGAACUUUGCUUAUGCUUCCUGA